UCUAAUGGAUUCGUUUGAAUUAUUUUCUGGAGCAGAGUCACUGAAAUCCCACUACCAACUGCUUGGGGUGGGCAUUAGCGCCACAGAGGAAGAGAUCAGAAAAGCGUACCGAUGGAAGGCUCGUCGUGCGCACCCUGACAAGAACAUAGGCGUCUCUCAUGCAGAAGAACUGAUGAAGAAGUUAAACAAGGCCUACGAGACUUUAACUGACACAAUUAAACGUGAAGAUUAUGAUGAACAAAUGGAUGAAAGCGACACGAUGAAAUCGAAUACCGCAGAGCCACUUCCUUCAGGCUCUCGGUUGUCGGAAUCUUUCUUGAAGCUUUUCAUGAAGUGGACCACCUCAUCCGAACUGUCUAGCGUAAACAGCGUCGUCGAAACGCUGGAUAGUGAACUGAAAGACUUUCUGAAAGGGCCAAUGAAACAGAAGCAAAAAAACCGGAUGCAGCAGUUUAUCAGAUAUCUACUACAGGAAGACAAAACAUCGUUUACUGCUGCUUGCGGAUGUGUGGCAAUGGCUGUCUGUAGCUCCAACGAUUGGACAUCAGUGCUCCUCUCGCUCACUAAGCACCUGAUUCAAAACAAUUGGCCAGAGAUGGGAUUAAGGCUAAUAGUUCCUCUGUUAGUGAACAAAAAGGUUUCUUCUAAAGAUUAUGUAAAAGCCUUAAUGCUUCUGGCAUCAGCUUUGGAGAAAUCGUUUGCUAGACGUCCGCAUUUGAAAUUCAUGUAUUGUCAGUAUGAUAUGUUGUUAGCAGCUAAAGAAGCAUACGUAACAGCUGAAAGCGUGCUUGUAAAUGUGGACGAUCAUACACUAGAACCACUUAAAAUAUCCCAGAAAAAACUAGAGCUAGAUUCCACAAUACGCAAGCUGUCUGAAGAAGGAGAGAAAAGAAUGUAUUCAGAAACAAGCAAGCGAAUCGCGCAGCUGUGGGAAACGAGAGAAUGGGAGAGCCUACUGUCAAUGUUGACUGCAGAAAGCAACAGCAACGACCUUCAAUCACAUCAACAACCAAAUCAAAUUGUGAUGAGUGGGUUUGAGAGUUUUCUAAAUAGCAAGAUGGAUUAUCUGGACAAGACGUUAAAAGAAGAUCGCUUAGGAUUGUUACUUGUAAGAGGAUUGUGGAAAAUAAAACGUCAGAACGUCACUGCAGGACUUUGUGACGUGCAGACAGCUGUCUGGAAUGGCAUUAAUUUAGAAUGUCUUCUAAAGGCUGCCAUAAACGUAGUCGUCGAAUUGACGGUCUCAGAGAUUUUUGGCUCUCUGAAUCAACGCUUUAGCGUCAUAUUUAGUGGAUUGAAACACAUUUCUGCACGAGACUUGCUCCCUAGUGCAAUUGACAAUAACCUUUUUGGUUUACUCCCGACCGAUGACGACCUAAUCCCUCCGAGUACGCUAAACUGGCCAGAAUUGAUAGUUCCUGGCAUGAAUACAAGAGCCACUCGAAAGUACGAAGAAUCAGUGAGACGACAUAUUUCAGAGGGAAAGUGGUCGGAAAGAAAUGCAGCUGUUGCUUAUAUUGAUUUAGUUUCAAGUAGUAACCACCCAGUAGAAGCUGUCCUGUGUUUUGUUAAUGCGGGUCUUUGGUUUCUGAAAGAGUUGCGAUUGAAAGUAGACAAACAGAAGACUAAAGCGGCUGCAAAAGACUUGCUGAAAAUACCAAAAAAGACAGCAUCAAAUCAUCAAAAUCAUGCUACUGAGCAGGCCGUUGUAGGAUGUAUGAAGCAAGCGUAUCUGCUAGCCACAACGGUUCUCCAUCCUGGAAUGCAACAGUAUUUCUUACGUUUGGCUCUAAAAGCCACCGUAACUGCUGUCCAUAUCAUGAACAGACGUGCUACUCCGGAGGAUGGUACAUUCAUUGUUAGUAUUCUCCACAGUCUCAUGUACGUCUGUAGGAUGAAUCCGUUUUGGAAUGUCCCUGUAGUGAUGGUAUCAGAGGCCGUAAUUCUCAACAUUAUUUCUGGCAAAUUGCACAGCCAAUAUGUCCUCAAUCUGCAAAGCAAGAAAACAAAACCCAUUAGAGAGGCAGAACUAAAGUAUCAAAUUUACAAAAACGAUCUUUGCGGAAUUUGUCACACAGAAGAACCUCGUUUUAGCGCCAUGCAAGAGGCCCUUCGAGAAAAAGGCUGGACAUGUCUAGAUGUAUCACGGCUUAUGUCUUCUCCAUUGUCUGUGCGCGACAAGGAUGGCUGGUUGGUGCCAAAUGAUGCACUCGGUGUCCCUUUGCCGUAUGCAGAGCUGAAAGGAUUUUCGUUGAAGAUCGAUAAUCUUAGCUCGAUUAGUAUUCUAGUAGGGAUGGCCGAUGCUUUGGAUCCUCCUAGUAGGAAUGAGCGUUUCCAUCCUUUUCAAGAAUUUAGAUAUGAACCAGAAGAACUAAAAAGUACUGACUUUCUCCACACGAUGUUUGAAACAGACUACUUGCUCAAGUCGUUUAGUGUCGGUGUGGAGGUAUCUGCCAAUUCACCCUUCAAACAGCGUGCGACUGACGAGCGACUAUUGCAAGACCUUCCUGCCCACCUACGACACAUUUUGAGACCGAUGCUUCAACGCGGGUCAUUUCUACCGAAAGCUCAUCGUUUCUGGAUUCAAGUCGAUGAAUUGGUGUACGCUGAGACCCGUGACUCGACAGGAUCAUGCAUUGAUUAUCGCUUGGAAAAUCCGAAAAUGGUGGUUCGUACUCAUCUUCUAAUACCGGAUAUUGACGGAAAGCUCCACGAUGCUACAGAAAACGACGAUUGCGAUUCUCCAGAAGCGCAGUUCGCUGCCGACUUCACCACUCACUACGAUGAGAUUGCUCGUUUCUUUCCACUUUUUGCCAGACUGAAAGAACUGGUGAAACUGCAGUUUUUUGCUUUAGUACUACAUAGCACAUCGGAAAAUCUGAAGAGAAAUGGUAACGGAGAUGUACCUGUGCCCGACUCUAUAGUACAAACUAUUCAAGGAGAAGAAAGGAGCAAACGAAAGGCAGCUGUGUCGGAGAUGCUACGCCAAAUAAAGAGCCAAAUUGAGGUUUGGCCAGCAGCCGAAAUAUCUUCGAAGUAUCAACAGCCGUACGGAGACUUCAAAAUGAACUAUCGUCCUCGUAUUCUCAUGUAUACGUACCAUAUUCAGACAUGGAGUUCGAAGUGAAAAAUUCUCCGCGAAAAAGACACAAAAGUUCUCUCUGACAUAGCAAGCAGUCUCAUGCAAGUGUGUUAUUAUGGAGUUCCUCUUAGUACCAUGAAAACUUAUGUUUCCAGUUGGCUUUCCAGUAGUGACUCCUGGAGCUCUUCACACUGUUUACUGCAGUUUAUCAAAGAAAAUAUGAGUCUUACUACUCGAGCUGAAAUUCAGCAAAAAAUAGCUGAUCAAUUUAGGGCUAUUUAUAAAUCAUUUGAGCAAGAAGUGACCGUCAUGAAACGAAAAAAUCAACGUUGUGCACAGAGUGGAACUUCUUGCAACUGGGUACCCGCCGCUCCUCUUCGACACACGAUCAGUGAAAACGCAUUUUCUCUUUGCUAUGGAGGCGUGCUGCUUGCACCGACUUAUAGACAAGGCUUGGUUGCACAAACUGAUAGUCGUGAUAAAAAUAUUCAGACCAUCGGUAGCCAAAAUAUACACACGAUUAGAGUGCCAGCGGUGAGCAAAGGCCAAGCAAGAAGCAUGUCCAGCAGUUCUCACUACGGAGCUCGCACUUUGAAGUCAAAACAGUCUGUCCGUUCUGGUUACUCAAACGUUGCCACAGUACCUCCCCAAACUGCUGCUGCAACUGUCCGUUCUGGAUCCUCAAACGUUGCCAUAUUACCUCCCCGAGCUGCUGAUGCCUCUGGUGGCGGCAGAAGCGAUGGCAAUGGCGGAAAUGUAAUCACGAAGCUCUCGAUCUUGUCGGAACUUUAUUGGGAGUACGGAAAAAGCCUGUGCAAGUCAAAACUGUCCUUGACAGACAUGCCUGGAUGCCUGACCAGCUUUCUCAAUCACUCUUUCCAAGAAAUUUGUGAGCAAGUCGAGACCUCUCUUAGCGAUGCAUUGCCAAACUCGAAAAAGGACAAGAUGCUAACAAUUCUAGGAGGCAACGAGAAGCACUUCCAGAUGUAUUUAGUCAAACUAUUACGUUGUCGCUUUUCAUUGACAAGACACGAGUUCCUGUUGGGUAACACCGCAAAUCCAUUGAUCGUUCCGCAAGAUGAUCUUCUGAUUUGGUUGAAAGGGUUUGGAGAAUGA